AUGAAACGUUUCCUGGAAACGUGUAAUUCAUUUGUGAUUCCUGGAAUCACCCCAGAGGCGAUCAGGCUAUCUUUGUUCCCCUAUUCUUUGCGUGAUGACGCAAAGCAAUGGGUGAGCUCACUAGAGCCUGGUGAAAUCACCACCUGGGAGAAGUUAGUGGAAAAAUUUAUGCAAAAAUACUUCCCACAUACCACCAACGCGAGGAGGCGUCGAGAGAUUAUGAAUUUUGAACAAGAAGAAGCUGAAACCUUAAGCGUCGCAUGGGAGCGUUUUAAGGAAUUGGUCAAUAAUUACCCAAACAAUGGACUACCUCUAACUAUCCAAAUGGAGAUGUUUUAUGGAGGAUUGAAUAGAGCAUUGCAAAUGGCAGCAGACGCAGCAGCGGCUGUUGGACUUAUGGACAAAUCUUACAUUGAGGCUAAAGAGAUAUUAUACCGCAUUGCUAAGCACAAGAUGGAAUGGGUGGACGAUACGUAUGAUGGAAGAGCUGAUAGGAAGAAGAGAUCUCAGAACGUUAAUUCUAUCGAUUCCAACGCAAUAGCCACACUUUUUUCUCAAGUGGCUACGAUGACCAGCCUUUUGCAGAACAUAACGCUAGGAAACACAUCAAAUCUGCAGAAGGUGAAUCAAGUAGAGGCGUUUGGGCAGCCUAUGGUUAGCUGUGUGGGUUGUGGAGAUCCUCACUCCUAUGCGGAUUGCCCACAUAAUCCUCAGUCAAUAUGUGUCAUUAAAAACAACCCAUUUUUCAAUACAUAUAAUCUUGGAUGGAAAAACCAUCCAAAUUUUUCUUGGUCAGGAGGAAAUCAUCAGAAGCACCACCCAGGGGCGAACCAACAGUAA